CGCUCUUUUCGCCUCCACCUAAGCACUCGACAAGAAUCAAAAUGCGGUGCGAGGAAGACUCGACAGUGAAAAACUACUCAAUCACGCCAAACACUUCCAACUCCCUAUCAGUCUGCUAAUUCUCAGGGCAAACAGAUAUAAACGUACGAGCAGCCUUCACAAUUUCGGAUCCCUAGAAAUUCUCGACAACAAAUUACUCUUGAGCAACUCCUUUCAUUUGUAAAACAAAUCUUAUGGAGCUGCUCCGAUCGAAUCUCUUUCGUGUUCGGAUUCCCGAGCCGAGCAAUCGCAUCUACAAGGAAGAGUGUUGCAUUUCCUUCGAUACUCCGAAAUCAGAGGGUGGACUGUAUGUGGAUAUGAAUUCAUUUCUUGCUUUUGGGAAGGAAUUUGUAGGUUGGAACUAUGAGAAGACUGGAAAUACGGUUUAUCUACACAUCAAGGAGACGCGAAAGCCGGUUUCUGAAGAUAGGCCAUCAAAGAAACCUACACUUCUCGCAAUAGGAGUUGAAGGGGGUUUCGAUAACAACGAACCUGAAUAUGAGAAGAACUAUGAGGUAGUCAUCUUGCCGGAUUAUGUCACUCUUCCUUUUCCAUCAGUGGAGUUGCCAGAAAAGGUUAGAUUAGCAGUUGAUGCUGUUAUUAUGAAUGUGGCUGCGGAGAAGAAAGAGCAAGUUGCUGCCUGGACUGCUGAUACAAAAAUCAUUAGUAAACAUGCCAUGGAAUUGAAACAGCUUGACAAUGGUGUCAUUGUUCCUCGAUCCGGGUGGAAGUGUGAGAAGUGUGAUAAGACUGACAAUCUUUGGUUAAAUUUAACUGAUGGAUCAAUCCUCUGUGGCAGAAGAAAUUGGGAUGGUAGUGGAGGUAAUGACCAUGCUGUCAAUCAUUACAAUGUGACCAAGUUUCCUCUGGCUGUGAAGCUAGGAACAAUAACUGCUGAUAUAGAGGCAGCAGAUGUGUACUCGUAUGAUGAGGAUGCAAGUGUUGUGGACCCACUUCUAGCACAGCAUCUGCAGCAUUUCGGUAUUGACUUUUCAUCAUUGCAAAAGACUGAAAUGACUACUGCUGAGAGAGAACUUGAUCAUAACACCAAUUUUGACUGGAACCGUAUUCAAGAGAGUGGAGAGGACAUUGAGCCACUUUUUGGACCGGGUUACACAGGACUUGUAAAUCUUGGCAACAGGUUAUGUUCUCUACACGUGGAUUUUGUUCUCGGUCGAUAUUAUUUGGAUCAGAAUUUGAAGUCUGCGUUUGAUGCUGCUCCAGCUGAUCCAACUGUAGACCUAAAUGCACAACUAACUAAGCUAGCUCAUGGGUUGCUUUCUGGUAAAUAUUCUGUUCCGGCUAUGAAGCUAGAUAACACAGGAGAUGCACCACAGGCGACAUUGAUUGCUAAACAAGAAGGAAUUCCUCCUCGCAUGUUCAAGUCUGUAAUUGCUGCAAAGCAUCCUGAAUUUUCGACUAUGAGACAACAGGAUGCUCUUGAGUUCUUCCUGCAUCUUAUUGACCAUGUUGAGCGGGUCAACACGGGAAAUCCCAUGUUGGACCCUUCAAGGAGUUUUAAGUUUGGCAUAGAAGAACGAUUGCAGUGCCCCUCAGGAAAAGUUGCAUAUAACCGGAGAUAUGAUUAUAUUCUUUCGCUUAAUAUUCCUCUGCAUAAAGCUACAAACAAAAGGGAAUUAGAAGAUUUUCGGAAGUUGAAAGCUGAAAGAGAUGCAAGAGGAGAAGAACUGACGUCCAAAGAAAUUGUCCGCCCAAGAGUGCCGUUGAUGGAUUGCUUGGAACUUUUUUCUACUCCUGAGGAGUUGCAUGAUUUUUACAGCAGUGCUUUGAAUUCUAAGACAACUGCAAUUAAAACUGCAGGCCUGACAUCAUUUCCUGAUUAUCUGGUAUUGCACAUGAGAAAAUUUGUGUUGGAGGAAGGAUGGGUACCAAAAAAGCUUGAUGUCUAUAUAGAUGUUCCUGAUACCAUUGAUAUUAGUCAUAUGCGCAGCAAAGGUCUUCAACCAUGGGAGGAAUUGUUACCUGAAUCUGCUCCAGAGGAUUCUGGAAUAAGUGCCAAUGAGGACAUUGUUCAGCAACUUGUCGCAAUGGGAUUUCAGUAUAAUCAUUGCCGAAAGGCUGCUGUCAGCACCUCCAAUUCUGGACUGGAAGAAGCAAUGAAUUGGUUACUCAGCCAUAUGAAUGAUCCAGACAUUGACGAACCCAUCACAAAGGCACAGAAUAGUGCUCCAUAUGUUGACCCAUCUAAAGUUGAAACUUUAGUAUCUUUUGGUUUCGAAGAAGAUGUAGCUAGGAAGGCACUACAGGCAUCGGAUGGUGAUAUUGAAAAAGCUACUGAAUGGAUUUUUAACCCACCUUCUGGUAUCUCUAGUAUGGAUGCUACACCUAGUAACAGUGGAAAUGUGGCCGAGGCUCCUUUGCCUGAUGGAGAAGGAAGAUACCGGCUCAUUGGAUUAGUGAGCCACAUCGGCACAUCCACGCACUGUGGGCAUUAUGUUGCGCAUAUUUAUAAAGAUGGUAGGUGGGUGAUUUUCAAUGAUGAGAAAGUUGCUCUUUCCAAGAAUCCGCCUCUCGACAUGGGAUAUUUGUACUUCUUUGAGAGGAUUGAUGGCUGAACUACUCAAUUAAAUACCAGCUGCUGGACACUAGUGAUAUUCAAAAGCUUGAGGAAAAAAUAAAACAUUAUUUGCAAGUUUUCUGGAACUUUUCAAAGCUUAUGCUACUUUUCUUGAGUGUCCUUGACCCAAUGCGGUUACCCACCCAGGGGAUACAAGAGAUGUUCUUGUGAAAAUACUCUGUUCUUUGUUCAACUUUGAAGUGAUAUUUGCCUUUUACAGACUAAUUUGUUCACACAUGGUGCUACUACUAUCGGGCGUAGACAAUGGUUCACAUGAAAUUGUAGUACAUGAUACUGCUUUUGUUCUGCCUCCGCGUUUUCCUCACUAUUUACUCGGUGCUUUUCAAUGUUCUUUUAGGGAUACAAACAUUUUGCCCUUGAGUUCUCAUGAAA